AUGGCUUCAAAAACUUAUUCCACCCUUGCUCUUUUCCUCACACUCAACCUCCUCUUCUUUGCACUUGUCUCUGCUUGCGGUGGCUCGUGCCCACGUGACGCACUCAAACUAGGUGUAUGCGCCAACGUGCUAAACGGGUUGCUGAACGUCACUUUGGGUCAACCACCUGUGACCCCUUGCUGCUCCCUCCUCCAAGGCCUUGUUGACCUUGAGGCUGCAGUGUGUCUCUGCACUGCUCUCAAAGCAAACAUUUUAGGCAUCAACCUCAACCUUCCCAUCUCACUCAGCUUGCUUCUCAAUGUUUGCUCAAAGAAAGUUCCACGUGAUUUCCAAUGUGCCUAA